AUGAGCUCGUCGUAUCGACCUUCGCCACUACGACUGUCAGACACCUCGUGGGUGACAACGGGCAUCGUCGACGAGCCCGCUUCAAGUCGAGCUGCUUCUGUCGAUGCCGACGGCCCGUCAAGUCUCGACCUAGUCCCCGCUCCUCGUGCCAGCGAUCUGCAGAUUGUUUUGCGCACAAGAGAUCAUGCAGCCUACUAUGAUGCCUCCUCAAACGAGCUGUCACUCCAAAAACGCAGCUUUCCACGCUCGUCGGAUGCCUCAUCGACCAGCGAGGGCUCCAACGACGCUCCCCUGGCGCCAUACCGCAACGGAUCCAGCGCAUCUCAGAGCCUCUUGCAACGCUUCCGUCGGUUUGCAUCGCUGGAGAGCUCGACAAACCAAACCAUCUGCCCAACCUGUGCUCGUCCGUGGCCGCUCGGACAAGGAGACCCGCUCGACACGCAGUUCGAACCCAAUUCGGCCGACCGCGAAUCACCGUCCUUCAUCGCACCCAACUAUUUCCGCUUACUCGCUCAAGCCACCACCCACGUAUCCAACUCUGCCUCCUCCUCGAACGCAAGCACCACCACUCUGCCGCGUAAUCGCUUCGAGUCGGCCUCUGGCUCGUCCACGCCUAUCCCCUCCGUCUCCGGCGCCUCGACCCCACCGGAACCCAUCAACCACUCUUCCGAAGCGCAAGGCUACUACGCGCGGUUCUUUGUCGAGCUCAAGCGUCUCGGGCGCGGGGCGCGGGGGCAGGUGUUCCUCUGCCAACAUGUGCUCAACGGGAACAAGUUGGGCAAGUAUGCGAUCAAGAAAAUUCCCGUGGGCGAUCACGCGCAGAGCUUGUUGCAGAGCUUGAACGAGGUGCAUCUCAUGGAGUCGCUGCAUCAUCCGCACUUGAUCCACUACCAACAUGCGUGGAUCGAGCGGUGUCGGUUGAGUCCGUUUGCGCCGGAGGUGCCGACGCUGUUUGUGCUGAUGAUGGCGGCGAAUGGGGGUAGUUUGGCCGACUGGAUCUCGGCGAGAGCGGGUGAAGGGGAGGACGAGGAUGAGGAGGUGGAGGACUCCGGAAAAAGAGGCGGGAAUGGAGGUGUGGCAAGUAAGGGGGGUACAGGGCAGAACAAGCAGACUGGUAAGCGCGACGAAGAUGACGACGUUGGUGCUGUCAGCGCAGCCGAGCGAGUCAAGAUCGAACGCCUGAAAGCAGCUCUGCGUCAACGAAGAGCCAAUCGCUCUGCCACCGUUACCACCACCACCGCCGCUACCACUGUACCUACGCCGACCUCAGCACCACCCACCCUUCCCGCACCGCACAUCGACGUGGAAGUCGGAGUGCACCUCCUCCGUACCGACGAGAUCUACAGCCUGUUGACGGACAUUGUCUCCGGUCUCUCGUUUCUCCACUCGCGUGGCAUCCUGCACCUCGACAUCAAGCCGGGCAACGUGCUGCUGCACUGGGACGAUGACGCGCUCAUCCCGCGCGCGAUGCUCUCCGACUUUGGCUCGUCUCUCUUGCUCCACGAUAACUGGACGCGCACGCGGUCCGGGCACACGGGUACCAUGGAGUACGUGUCGCCCGAGACCAUCGUCCCCAACGCGGUGACGGGUAGGUUGGACGAGUUGAGCAGCAAGGCAGACAUGUGGUCGGUCGGGAUGGUGCUGUACUUGCUGGUGUUUUUCCGGCUGCCGUACGGGCAGACGCGGGAUGUGGACGAGUUGAGGCGCGAGGUGGAGGCGUACCGCGGGUUCAAGCGGCAGGUCGGGAAUAAGGGGAGGGGAGACGAGGUGCUGUUGGGUCUGUUGGAGGGGAUGCUGAACGUGGAUCCCGCCAGGAGGCCAAGCUGUAGCGAGGUGCUGCAGGUCUUGAGCGCCGCCGCAAAGCAGAAGGAGGAACAAGGCAGAUCCCAACGGCGCAAACACAGACACGACAACGGUACUACGCAGAACGCAGGAGUCUCUCUUGCUCUUUACAGACCGCCGACACUGCCACCUCUCCCAUCAUCCUCCACGACACACGGCGACGUCCGCACAGCCAACCGACCCAACCACAACACACGCCUUGAUACGCUGACCUCAGCACGCUCGCGUCUGACGCGAAUGCUGCCCGCGCGUACACUCGCCGUCAGUGUCGCGCUGCUCAAAUGCCUCUCCCCGGCCCUGUUGUGCCAGGUGCAGACGCUGGAUGCCGUGUACACCGCGAUCUUGCUUUUGGCGCUCGUGGAUCUGUCGUGCGGCGAUGAGGCCAGGGAGGGUACAGGUGUGAGCAGACGAGGAAGGCCGAAGGGCGCAGGUGCAUGGGUGAGUGCCGGCUGCUGGGUGGCGCAUCUGCUGCUGUUGGGCCUGUGCGCUUGGCGCGCGAAUGUGCAGGUGCCUUAG